AUGGGGUUUAGAGAUAUUGAUGUUUUUAAUAAGGCUAUGUUAGCCAAACAAGGGUGGAUGUUACAAAUAAAGUGUGAUUCUUUGGUUGCAAAGAUUUUUAAGGAAAAGUAUUUCAGAAAAUGUCAGUUUAUUGAUGCAAAGAUUGGAUAUAAGCCCUCUUUUAUGUGGAGGAGUUUGUUAGCUGCACAAGAUUUGGUGAAAGCAGGCUCGAAGGUAAGCUCUCUUAUCUUUGAGGAUUUGCAUUGCUGGAAUGAGAGCUUGGUAGGGGAUGUGUUUAGCAGGGAGGAGGCAGCCAUGAUUUGCAGUAUACCUUUAAGUUGGCAAGGGGGGGAGGAUGAAAUGAUGUUGGGCUUUACCAAGGAUGGUAGGUUUUCUGUGAGAAGUGCCUAUCAUUUAGGCAAUGCCUUGGGAAAAUCUAUGUUUGUGUGGAAGGCUUUGAAGAGUAUAUUACCAACAAGGCAGAAUCUAGUGCAGAGAAAAAUAAUUGAAGAUGCUACAUGCCCGAUCUGUCAAAGGGGUGAAGAAACAAUAUGCCAUGUCCAAUGGUCAUGCCCAGCUGCAAGUGAUGUAUGGGCAGAGAGUGGGAGUGGUCUUCAGAAAUGGCCUAGUGAAGAAAAAGACUUUUAUGUGCUAUGGUCUGAAAUGCAAACUAGAUUGCAGCAGAGUAAAUUAGAGGAAGUUUCUAUGAUACUGAGAGGACUAUGGACUAGGAGAAACAUGAUGUUUUUUGAAAGUAAGUUUGACAGUCCACGAAAAGUACUUAAUGUAGCAAUGACUAGUCUUCAAAGCUUUCAAGAAGCUUGUGCUGCACUAAACAAUAUGAAGGGAUCUCAUGUUCAGAUUAGAAAGAACAUCAAAUGGAAGCCACCAGAUGAGGGUGUUUCUAAGGUAAACUUUGAUGCGGCUAUAGAUAAGAACAAUUUUAAAUUGGGCUUGGGUAUAGUGGCAAGGAACCAUGUGGGGGAGGUUCUGUUUACUUUCAAUUCUGCUAAACAGUUUAGUGGAAACUCUGAUCUGGCUGAAGCAGCUGCUCUUUGGAGAGCUAUGGAGCUUGUUUUGGAGCUUGAUGUCAGGUUGGUGGUGUUUGAGGGAGAUGCUGACAGAGUGAUAAAAGGGGUAACAGAGGUAGGGGCAACUAUGCAUGGAUGGAACAACAGUAUGCCAAUAUACGUGGCAGGAUGUUACUGA